AUGAUGAUGAGAAGGCUAGAGGAUUUCAAUCCCAACCUUUACACUCCUACAGAAGAUUACACCUGCAUCAUUGCCUUUAAUGAACAGACGUAUGUGGACAAGACCAAAUGGACCAUUCGAUCUCAUUUUGCAACCACGAUAGUCUUCUGUAUAUGCUUCCUCAAGCUGUAUUUCUGGCCUCAUCACAAAGCUAUGUUCCCUGGUACUGUCUUGUCCCAAAGAAAAAUUGUGGAGCGAUUGGUUCCCUUGUUUCUCCUGAUGGAAUCCUUUUCGCAUCUGUUUGUUGGCAUGUAUCACCUGGUCAUUGAGGAGAAAACCGAAGAAACAAAUCCCUUGAAAAGCAUUUCCCAAAUGUUUGGAAUGUUUGCCGCUGUGAUUUUAUUCUUGUUUGCCCUCAUGGUGGUCAUGGCCUGUUAUCACAAACUAUCCCCAGUCACACAAGUGAUUUGGAGGUUUGGAAUCUUGGGCUUGUGGCUAGCGGUGAUUUAUGCCUACAUGUUUAAUCGGUCAGUUUUUUUGGGCAUUGAUAUUCACAUGUACGUCUUGGUGGGAGUAUGCCUCCUGUUGCUCUUGGCCUAUGGGAUCCGCAUCUUUCAUACACCCACAUCAACGACCAAUGGAUCGUCGUCGAUCUGUCACUUGUUCAACAAGUCUCUAGCAAUCUUGAUUGUGGUGUUGGCCACUGCCUAUGCCUACAGUGUAUACCGAAAAUGUGGAUCCUACGAUGGAUAUUUGGAAUGUUUCAUCAGGUGUCCACUGCCCUAUGGCCUGAAUCAUACCUCGUUUUACAAUAUUGCCAAACUAUUGGCCUUGGGUGGCUGGGCCAUUGCGGAAGAUAUCAGUCCAUCGGUUUCACUGGAGCUAUUAACUGCGGGACUGCGUGCUGCCGGAAAUGCUGGUACGGAUGAGGCCACUGUCAUUUCCGAUGGACCCGAUCUAUUUGAACCCGAUGACGACCUGGACAAGGAGGACGAUCAGGGCGACGACCAAGAUAAUAUUACAGAUGAUGUACAGCAAGAUGUGGGACAGGAUAUUGAAUCCAACGAGAAUGAUCUCGAGGAGGCAAGGAGCGACAGUUUUCUGGCCGAUGACGUCGAGCCUCGACAACCUAACGAAGAUUUCAAUAAUAUUGGAGACAAGACACUGAAACUACAAGACGCCUCACUCUCGUGUGAACUUGAAGGUGUGGUCGAUGAGGAGCAGGCAUCGUUGCCAUCUGUUGUUGAAAAAGGCUGA